AUGUCCACGUCCACAAAGACUGGUGGUGAUACGCCAAUAGUUAUAUCGAUGGACCCUGCAACUACCUUUACUACCACUAUACAAGUAGUAACCAGUACAGUCGAAGAGAAGACUUCUCCAGGGAUUCUGACUCAGCCGGCUGAAGUGUCAAAAACGACAACAGAAAGCGCGCUUCUAACAUCAUUCGACGUCUCGCUACCUAACCCAACGUCUUCAUUCGAUUCAGCUUCACCUACAACUGUUGAAUCUUCCACUCCAUCGCAACCUAAACUUGGUCUUAGCGUAGCGGCGUCAAUUGGGCUAGGUGUAUCGAUGGGUAUCGGAGCAUUUCUUGUCAUAGUAGGGGCUCUAUAUGCGGUGUUCGGACGGUAUCUUAGGAACAUGAGGAGAAGUUCGGAACGUCGGAUGGGUGCAGCGAAUGUAAACAGAUGGUGGGAAGGAAGAAGACGGGAUAGUUGA